CAUUUAAUGUUACAGGAACUGUAAUUCCCCGUAUUGCAAGAGAGAGAGAGGGAGAUGGAAAGGCAAAGGAUGAUUACAUUUCGUUACCAACCGGCUUUCUACACAAUAAUCAGAAGAGUGGGGAGGCUUCAAAUGCAAGAGACAACAACCCAACAACCGCUUGGUUGGCAUAGCAACAUCAACUCUUCUUCUUCUUCUUCUUCUUGUUCCUUGCAAAGCCCUCCAGUUUCAUUAUCACUCGCUCUUCUUCUUCUUCUUCUUCUUCUUCUUCAAUUCGACGGCAAAUGGCGGGAUCGAAUCUUAAGAUGUUGCCUCUAAGGUUCCUCUGUAUCUGUACAACGCUGAUUCUCUUCUUAAAUAUCGAGGUUCACUCUGUUGUCGCUGAUGAUGUUAGCGGGAUCCUCUGUAAUGAGGAUUUAACAAGUUUUCUUCCUGCUCUUUACAGCGACUCCUCCCGCUUCACUUGUAGAUCUUUGUGGAAUGGCUAUAUCCUCAGAUUCUUUCAGAGUGAAGAUCAUGUCCUGACCGUUGUAUUAUCUACUGAAUACAUGAUUGGUUGGGUUGGAAUGGGUUUUUCAAAGAAUGGACUCAUGGUUAAUUCCAGUGCCAUGGUGGGUUGGGUUAAUAACGAAGGCCGAGCAAGAAUCAAACAGUACUACCUACGAGGAUCUAAGCCAUCACAAGUCAAACCAGAUGAGGGCAACUUGAAUGUUACUAGCAGUCCAAUUGUUGCUGUUCAUGGGGCCACCAUUUACUUGGCAUUUCAACUGAAAUUUGCUGCACGACUUCACACUGAAAAUAUUUUAUUAGCAUUCGGAAGUAAAACUCCUCUCCAUGCCCACUUAUCGAAGCAUGAAGCUAGGACAAGCAUUAUAUUUGAUUUCAGUACAGGUACUGCAUCUGCUGCUAACAACUUUGAUGGUUUGAAGAGGAACCAUGGAAUACUGGGUUUGAUUGGAUGGGGUAUGCUCCUUCCAACUGGGGCAAUUAUUGCAAGAUACUAUAAGCACCGGGAUCCUCUAUGGUAUUAUCUCCAUAUCUCCAUUCAGUUUGUAGGGUUUAUCUUUGGGCUUGCUGCUGUGGUUGCCGGGAAGGUACUCUAUGGUAAACUGCAUGCCAAUGUAAAGGCACACAGAGGCAUCGGAAUAUUUGUCCUCGUACUUAGUAUUCUUCAGAUAUUGGCUUUUUUUAUACGGCCUGACAAGGAUUCCAAGUUUCGCAAGUUCUGGAAUUGGUACCAUCAGUGGUUUGGGAGAUUUGCUUUGUUCUUUGGAGUUUUGAAUAUUGCCCUUGGAAUUCAAAAUGGAGGCGCAGGGAGUUUUUGGGUAGCAGGCUACUGGGUUCUUGUUGCAGUUCUUCUGAUCACUGUUAUUAUUUUAGAAGUAUUAUUGCGGAUAGGAAUGUCUCGAAAGACAGUUGGUCCUCCAGCCUUCCAGAUGAAUCCAUCAGAAUAGCUUGCAGCGGAACGACGAAGCUCAAAAAUGUGUUAGUGUUUCAGUAGAUUGGGGAAAGUGAAAUACUACCUUGAAAAGGAGAGAUACGCUUGCGGAAAGGUAAACCGAAGCUUGAAUUGAUCUACCUCUACUGAAUGAAAGACUACGAAGGAUGAUCUCACCUAAGAAGUCGGAUGCUUUUCCCACCUUUUUGUAGACUCUUCAAGGUUGAAGAAAGAAACCCCCGUAGGGUUCACGGAAGCUGGAUGAAUGUGAGGCAAGGGCAAAGGACGAAGGACGAAUCUCUGGUAAUGGACAGCUCCGUAGUGUUCACGGGAGCUGCGUAAGUGAUCAUGAGGGUUGUGUGCAGUCGAUUCUUGGAGGUAGCAGUCGAAUCUUGGAGGUAGCAGUCGGGUUGAGCAGAGGAGGACUCUCUCCUUUCGUGGUGUUUCAACAGGGACGAAGGAAAAAGAGAGUGUGAACAGGGCGUCUUUUUUUUAUCGGGCAGGGGUCUUUGUACGUUGGAAAUUUUGUUUCGUGGAACGACGGAACAGGUGAAACAUGUUUCGUUGGUCAUGUUUGUCGUGUUCUUGUACCAUAAAUUGAUAUAAAUUUCAAUUUAUGCUUCUGAUAAUAGAAAAAAUUGAACAUAUUUAUCAAAUGGUAUUUAUUCUGUUUC